AUGCAGCAAAAGAACACAUAUGAAUUACACACUAUUCCUUUACUUGCUUGGAUUCGAUCAUUAUCAACCGUUGAUAAAGAUUUUGCUUCAAAAGAAAAAUAUCGUCAAACAAUGAUGCUUACAGUAACAAUGACAUCAACUAUUGAACGUUUAGCAUGUACACAUCUUCGUUGUUGUUCAGCAUAUUUUUAUGUUAGAUCAAUUGAAGAUUCAACUGUAUUUUAUAAAUUAGAAGAAGUUAUACUUGAAUUACCUGUAUCACAAUGUCUAUCUGAAUUACUUAAUCAUCCUAAUGCACAACAUAAACUUAAUUUGAUAUUUCAUUAUUUAUUUUUUCAUUAA